AUGGCCGCCCAAGCCAAUGUCGCCGACACCAUCAAGCAGCUGAAUGCUGCCCGGAACCUNGCACUCGCCGAUCCUGCCCUCUACCCUCAAGUCGUUCCUGGCCUCCUUCGAAUCGUGGGCGCCGAUGCCAUCCUCGAGUUGAGAAGAUGGGGCGCCGACUUCUUCGCAGAAACCUUCGCAUCCCCAGUCCUUGCUCAGGAGCACAAGCAGAACUUGGCUCUACAGGUUCUGGACACUCUCAAGGCCUUUCUCGAACGCCCGAACGAAGACACUGCCGUAAUCAAGAGCGUUGUCCAAGCAGCUGCAAGCAUCUANCCCUUUGUCUUCCGCCAUAUCGUAGCCAACCCUCAUGACGCCUCACCAUGGCAGAAGAUGGCUGCUAUCAAGUCGAGCAUUCUGCGCAGGAUGCACAACGCUCCUCCGGGUAUUCAUAUAUGCUCAGUCAAGUUUAUCCAAAGAGUGGUUCAGGUCCAGACUCCGGGUUUGAUCGCAGAUCCAAGGCGUCCUGAGCAGAACGAGAUUUCUCUUGCUCUGGUCCCUCGCGAUCAUCCCAUCAUGUCUCCUUCGACAUUGGAGGCUGAAGCCUUGGGUCUGCUCGACAGAUUAUUAGGCGUGUUGCAGGACAACAGCACCGACGCGUUGCUUGUAACCGCUACCUUGAACAGUCUUGGAUCUCUGGUCAAAAGCCGUCCUUCUGUCGCCAACAAGAUCAUCUCCACCGUUCUCAACUACAAUCCUUUCAAACUCGCUACCACGACACCUGUCUCGCCGACCCACAAAGUCAUGAUCAGAUCUAUGACACGAACGACAACUGCUUUCCUGCUGAAUAUCAUCAAGAAGAACCCCAACCAUCCUCUCGCUGGCCGCAUCCAACAAUGCAUCGAGAGACUUAGACACACGCUCGUAGAUGUGUUCGAUGAGUCAAGCCGUAAAAGGGCAGCACCCGCUGAACCUACUGACGGUCUGUCCGAGGCGAAGCGACAGCGUCUUAAUGCGCAAAUGCCGCAGCCCAGUCCCCCUACUUCUCAGAUUCCACCCCUGCCACAGGGACCUGUUAGUCUUGCCCAGCUCUUUACCCUCACGCAUGACCAAGGGUUGAGGAACUUUGAUGUAAACGUGAUCCCUUCCAACGUCGUUUUGAGCAUUGUGGCACCAUUAUUGAAGUCCAUAGAUAAGGUCAAAAUGGACGCUGCUAUCAACGCUGUUCAGGCGAGAUACUUGUCCUUGGCUGCAAGACCUGCUACUGCUUCAAGUGCCGCUCGUGCGGUGACGGGCUCUGGUCCCGUCCAGGCUGAAGAAGACGAAGACUACGAACCCGGCGUUGAAAGUACCGACCAAAUUACCAACAACCUUGAUCAAGCCCCUGAAUCGGACAGAGCUCCGGUGUCUCUGGGACCAUUCAAUCUGCCUCCGCCACCGCCACUGACUACAGAACAGACUGUAGAGUACAGCAAAGGGGCCGUCAACCGCGUUUUCGGUACGCUAACCACGAUGGAUCAGUCUGCGUCGAGCAAAACACAGAAACCCGGCUUCAAUCGUCUGGCAGCAACCAACCACGAUCGGGAUGCUUGGAUUACCCUUAUCACUCGUCUUGCCACACGCGCUCCUGCCGGACUUGACGAAAACAAGCUCAAAUCAGAGUCGGCGAGCUUGUCGAGGGGCAGCUUCUCACUGAACGACGCUAUUCGAGACUCGUUGUACUUGUACGUCGUCGAUGACUUCCGAAAGCGUAUUGAUGUCGGUAUCUCUUGGCUCAACGAGGAAUGGUAUAACGAUCGCAUACAAACACAGCAGAACGAGGAGGCAGAGUAUAUUUCGGAGCAUUAUGAGAAGUGGAUGCUCAAGAUCCUCGACGGAAUUGUACCGUUCUUGGACGCCAAGGACAAACUUCUCAUCAGAUUCCUUUCAGAGAUUCCCAGCAUUAAUCAAGAUGUUCUUAAGCGGGUGGUCAGGCUUGCAAAGGAUCCAGAAAGAGUGCAACUUGCGGUUCAAGCGCUACACUAUCUGAUUCUGCUUCGACCUCCAGCAAGAGAAAUGGCACUCGAUGCCUUGGAAGACCUCUACAAGAACUAUGAUGAAUCGCGGCCACUGGUGACGAAAAUCAUGCCCAAAUUCCGACCAGAAGCCUUUCAAAAACUACAAGAAGCAGUGGCGACCUAG